AUGGAGAAAAUUUGGGAUCGGAGUUACUCCAAGCAGGUCCCCCAAUUGGUUGAUUUCAUUGGCCCUGUUCUCACCGAGUAUGGGUUUUUGAUCGCUGCGAACAACUGGGAGAAGGAGGUUCAGCCAAAUCCUGAAAAGCGAAAGUUGCUCCAAGGCGAAAAAGAUAAAUUUACCGUGUCUCCGCCCGAGGGUUUUGAAAAGAGCAGAAAGGCAACAUUUGUCAGAGCGCUCUUUGAUGGCGAAACGAAGCUGGUCGAGGGUGAGGAAUCUUUCUCGCAAUGGUUUAAGCCCUUAAUCGAGAAAGCCAUCCUAAUGGCAAAGCCGCUUGCUACCCAAGCUGCAACAAGCGCUCUCCAAAAGAUUCUUGACAUAGUCACCAAGGGUUCUGCCGAGUCGCUUCCCUUCCAAGGCACGCCGAGAAAAGACCAGCCGACAAUAUGGCUUGAGAAUGCCAUUCGCCGUGCCUUGAUGGCAGACUGUGCCUUGCAAGUCAUCGAAACGAUGGAUGAGAAAAAGCUCAAGCACCUGACACUAAGUCCGACCGAUGCUGGCCACGAGGAGGGUAUUAUCGACUCUAUCAAGACACGGGUACAAAAGAUUGGUCCGUUCGCACUGCGUUUUGCCAAAAGUACUGUCGUAAAAUAUCUUCCCGUGCUUCUGAAACAGUUGGAGAAGAAACUCAAACCGACAACGGAGUCCGAUGUCAAUCUCGCAUAUGGCAACUCUGCCGAUCCCAGGUCCCUCAUGCCUGACGCUGUCCUCGCAUCCCUAAAUCCCAUGACAAUCCCGGUGUCCGCUGCUAAUGGCACAGUUGCCCGUAUCUAUGAAGAUGAUAGCAACCCCGACGCGCCUCCCGAGGAGCCGCGUCCUCCUGCAUCUCCGAAAGAGUAA